AGAGGACCUACGCUGUAGUCUGUGAAACCGGUGGUUUCCUAGCGUGGUUGCGGGAAGGUGUCUAGAGUACUCAGAAAAUCCCUGGUCCCUUCCCUCCCCCCCCCAUCUAAUGAAAGCAAAGCAGCUUCAAUUAAAGACUGCCCCAGGGAGGAGCGGGGAGGCUGAGGGGAAAAAAGCCAGGGGUAAAGACGGAAAAAAACUCUGCCUCCCGCGCCCGGCCCUCCCUUCGCUCGCAGCUUUCGGGGCUCGGGGAUUCCUUCUGGCGUGGAGGGGCAGCGGGGUUUGCACGGGGAGAUACGGGAGCGAACCAGGAACGUGGUCCCGGUGAUUGUGUCCCAGUCGCCCGGGACUCUCCUCCUGCUUCUGCUGCAGCUGCACGACCGCCCGUACAGCCUCCUCCUCCUCCUCCCCUGGGACUUCUAGUUAUUACCUCUUCCUCCUCCUCUAAGAAAUCAGACUCCAGCUGCUUUCUCUGCUCUCUCUCCGUCUUUGCUAUUUAAUUAAGAAGAGUCCGCCCUGGCACUUGGCCCUAUCCUAUUGUUCGCUGCUGCCGCGGUUUGCUGGCUCCUCAGCUGCCCGGGGCUGGACUGGGGUUGUGCAGGGCGGGGUGGGUGUGGGAAGUAGUGAGCCUCCGAGCCAUGGGGCGAGAUGCAAAGGAGGCUGGCUGAGGCUGGAGCCAGCAACGCUGAUGCUACCGCUCCUACUAGGCUGUCUGCGGCCAAGAGCAAAGGGUUGCUGAUCAAAGUCCCCGAGAAAGUGCACCGAGGCCGCGUCCCAGAGAGCUAGAGAGAGAAAGUUUGUGUGCGUGCGCGUGUGAGAGUGUGUUUGAGUGUGUGUUGUGUGCACGCAUCUCCCCUCCCCCGCCGUGCCGGCCCGGCGGGGGGGGGCGGAAAGCCAGCCGCGCCCCCUCCAUCAUCCCUCUUCCCACCCUUCCCCCAGAUGUGCUGAGAGGCACCAGGAGGGAGGAGGAGGAGGAAGAGGAGGAAGAGGAGGAGGAGGAGGAGGAGGAGGAGGAAAAGCAGGAGGACCCGGCUUCUGGCUUGUGUUUUCUGACUUUCCCCAUUCUACCACCCAUGGAGGCUGCCGGGUCCUCGGCGAAAGCGGCCAAGGUCGGGGCAGGAAACGGGGGCAGCGAAGGGAGUCCUCCUCCUCCUCCUCCCCCUCCCCCUCCCCCUCCGGCCUCUUCGGGGUCCGCAGGGUCGGGGGAUUCGGAGCCCGCUCAUUCCUCGAGCCCCGCGGCGGGCCCGGGCUCCCUGGUCCCUUCGCCCGAGCUUGCCGCUUACAAGCUGCAGGACUUCGAUACACUCGCUACCGUGGGCACAGGUACCUUUGGACGAGUUCACCUAGUGAAAGAAAGAACAGCCAAACAUUAUUUUGCAUUGAAGGUAAUGAGCAUUCCAGAUGUCAUUCGGCUAAAACAAGAGCAGCAUGUGCACAAUGAAAAGUCAGUCCUGAAAGAAGUCAACCAUCCAUUUCUGAUCAGAUUAUACUGGACCUAUCAUGAUGAAAGAUUUUUAUACAUGUUAAUGGAAUAUGUUCCUGGAGGAGAACUUUUCAGCUAUUUGAGAAACAUGGGACGGUUCAAUAACAGCACAGGACUAUUUUAUUCUGCAGAGAUUAUCUGUGCAAUAGAAUAUCUGCACUCCAAAGAAAUAGUUUACAGAGAUCUAAAGCCUGAAAAUAUAUUAUUAGAUAAAGAAGGCCAUAUCAAGCUUACUGAUUUUGGAUUUGCUAAAAAGCUAGUAGACAGAACAUGGACACUCUGUGGGACACCAGAAUACCUUGCUCCAGAAGUCAUCCAAAGUAAAGGUCAUGGAAGAGCAGUAGACUGGUGGGCUCUGGGGAUUCUGAUAUUUGAGAUGCUGUCUGGGUUUCCUCCAUUUUUUGAUGACAACCCAUUUGGCAUCUAUCAAAAAAUUCUUGCAGGCAAAAUAGAUUUCCCCAGGCAUUUGGAUCUCUAUGUAAAAGACCUUAUUAAGAAACUUCUCGUUGUAGACAGGACAAGACGACUAGGGAACAUGAAGGAGGACAUUGACAAGCUAGAAUGUGUACAGAAGAAGAUGACCAGAAUGGUGAAGGGGACUGGAAACCAUGCUAUACAAGCAUCAGUUGAAAGAAAGAAUGGAGCAGAUGAUGUGAAAAGGCACCGGUGGUUCAGGUCUGUGGACUGGGAUGCUGUACCCCAGAGAAAACUGAAGCCUCCUAUAGUGCCGAAAGUAUCCAAUGAUGGCGAUACAUCUAAUUUUGAAGCUUAUCCUGAAGAUGACUGGAACAAGACACCCCCUGUGCCUCCUAAAGACUUAGAAAUCUUUAAGAAUUUCUGAGUACAGGGAACCACAUAUGGAAAGAAACUGGAAGAAGAUUUGAAAUGGUCUGAGCACAUUUGAGAAGAAUUGGGCAUCUGCCAACAUGAAGAAAUUCCUUCACAUGGAUGAGGAAGUUUCCACGUUCAUAUAUGCACAUAUUUAUAUAAAAUGAAAUUGGAAGGCCGGUUAAGUUUAAUUUUAACUGUAUAAAUCUGGCAUCAGUUUAAAAACUGUUGCUAUAGAAAGUCUACUCAGUAGUAGAUUAUUUGAUUAAAUUGAUUUUUUUAGAUCCUUUAUCUUAUUGUUACUUUUCUGCUAUGCCAGACUUUUUUUUCCUUUUGCCUUAUCUCAUAGACUUAACUUUAUAAGUUUAUACUAAACUUGUGACAUUGUAAGCACAGAUUAGUAUAUAUGUAUAUAAAGAAAACAAAAUCACCUAAGCACAGGGAUUGUGCAAAGAUGUAAAUGUUUGUACUUUGCAGAGUCUAUGAUUUUUAUUUUUCAGAUUUUUUUUUAAAGAGUUUCUUCUUUGGGGAGAUAAAACUCUUAAAGGAUAAAUAAGUUUUUCAUCAUCUUAAACAUUUUAUAGUUCUUUGUAAAAAAAAAAAGGAAUUAUGUUAAGAUUUGUAAUUAAAAUGUCCAGUGCUUCAUUGUCUGUAACUAUAGUACUUGAAAGCCCGAGUAAAGGAGAGGAGGUACAAGUUUCUUCUUUAGCUCAUGAAAGCCCUGUUGAUUCAUGAGUGUUCAGAAAACAAAACGUCCUGGAAAUAUUUCACAUGCUAUUAUGAUCUAUGGUGUCCUGCUGUGUACUGGGACUUCUCCUUAUUUAAGCUGAAGUAUAAAUCUGAUACAUAAUACCCAAGACCUUGGCCUCUAUUGUUUUUGGCUAUAUGUAGAUUCUUUUUCCCCUUUAAUUUAGGGGAAGAAGAACUACACAAGUGACAGGAUGUAAACAUCCAAUGUACCAUGUAAAUUACCCAGAGGUCUAACUUCUAUUCAGUUCUGCAGAUGCAGCCUGUUUGCCUCUCAAAGAUCACCUAGGGUUUUAUGGUAUUAUUAGGGGGGUGAAAAUGAGUUCCUAAGCAUCACAAUGAUGUACAUAAAUAAAAAGUUUUUUGAAUGUGUAUUUUAUGGUAGCCAGAUGUUAAGGUGAUACUUAGGGCUGAACUGCAAAAUAGGGACUGAAACAGGUGUUCAUCCCAGAAGCAACAAGCUUGCAGAAUUUCUGGGAAGUAGCAUAUGGACCUCUGCUCAUUGUUCAUUUCAUUUUAAAGCAUUCCCAUUUCCUUCUAUACUCUUCUUCCUCCUCUUACUGUUCUAAAAUUCCCUGGAAAUCUCCAAAGACUUUUUUCCCCAGCAAAAAAUAAUAAACUUAGUUUGCAAAAUCCUGUUAUUAAUCUGUCAGCAGUUGUGAAUUCUAAUUAUGUCCUGUCUCUAAGAAGUAAACCCAACAAGACUUCCCGUGAAGAAUCUCUCAGUGCUAAGGGUUUUUCCUACACAUAACUGUAUAAUGUAUACAUACAUAUAUACAUAAACACACAUGUACACAUUUACAUACUAUAUAUCAAUAUGCGGUAUAUGUAUAUGUGUGUGUACAUACACACAAACACAAUAUUUAAAUAAGAUAAGAGCAUGCAUUAAUUGGGUUCAAGUAGCAAAAACAGAGCAAUUAUUCUUGUGAAUAAGUUCUAUAUAAUGAACUAGAUCCAGGAAGUGAGCAGAUUAUUCUUGGAAUAUUGCAUUGUUCCCCCCUCCCCCACCCCAUAAGUCAGCAAAUGUUUAGUUUACACACACUGGAGAAAUUUAGCAAAUAAUACUCAUGUAAGUGAAAAAUGAGAGUGUGCCUCUCAAUUUGCUAUCCCCUAAAGUGCCUAACUCACUGUGCAUUUAAGACAUUAUUUAGUAAACCUGUUGGAUUUGUAUGUUAUGCUAAAAAAAAAUUUUUUUUUAAAUCCACAGGCACCAUUUUAUAAGAGAGUACACUGGAAGAGAUGUACUUUUUGUGGGUCUUCCUAGUGGUCUCAAAUAUAUUCUGGUCCAAUGAUUUUGAUGGUUUCUUAUUGUGAUACUCAUUUGACACAGAGAUUGGUUUCUGAGUAGCAAGAUUUCAGAAAAAAACAAAACAAAACAUUUCCUAUCAUGUUUCAGCCUGGUGGUUGAGAUAGAUUUUUUUAGUGUACUUAGAAAAGAACUAACUUCAGAGAUAGUUUCCUAAAUGCCUUCAGAGAAACCUGACAUGCCAUGAGAAAACAAGUCAUUGUCCCAUCCUCAGUCAUAUUAAACUCAUAGAUUCCAAAUAAGCGUUUCCAAAAAUCUAGGAUCUAUGCUCAGCAAAAUUCUAUUUAGAACAAAUAGCCCAAUGAGAAAAAUUCAUGAAUACCUUUUAAAAGAGUAUAUAAAUUUCAUCCACAGAACUGUGUAGAACUUAGUCUUUAUCUCCCCUGAUGUUAGGUAUUAAGAUCAAGGCCAAAGGUUGCUAGACAUUCAACAAUCAAUUUCUGAGAUAAAGUGUGAUCUAACAUUAAAAAACAAAAUCGGUAAAGUGACUUCCAUAGUUUACUGAGAUAAAAACUUAGAGCUACCAGAAGUGAUAACCCAAGUCUAGUGCCACUUGACUUUUUAAUCACAUUUAUUCUUAAGGAACUUUUUUCCUUUUAAAAACCAUAUACAGAACAACUUGUUUUGAGUACAACUUUAAACUGUACAUAAGUUCAGUGUGCUAGUGUGUGUACUUCUUUGGCUUACUACUUGUUACCUUUCAAAAUGUAAUGUUGAUAUUAAAUUGAAAUAGUAUAGAAAGCAUGAAAUAUAUUUGCCUUAUUUCUGAAUAAAUAUGCAGGAAAUAUAGAUGUGUUAACAUUGGUUACAUUGUUCUUUUGCAGAACUGUAAUCAGCCUUUGGAAGAAAAAAAAGUGAGACAUUAAAAAGAAAAUUCAAAGACUUUUGAAGGUGUUAAUAAGUAUAGAGUGAACAGUCGAGCACGUUUCAAUAUUUUAUUUAAGUGCCACAUGUUAACUGUUCAUUAAUAGGCCAUAAAUUAUCACUUCAUAUAGUGUGAUGUUACAUAAAGGUUGGUUGUAAUUUAAAUAAUAAACCUGGAACAAUCAUUAAAAGUAGCUAGGGAAAUAGUUGAAUAUGUGUGUAUAGACAUUUGUAUUUAUAUGGUCAGUUAUAAUUGCAAAAUUUUAAAAAUUGUGGGGUACAUAUCACAGAGUUUAUACACCAUUUAAAGUACCAUUUUUAUUUUUUGACUUGCUGAUAUUCAUUAUUUUGCAGUAUUUUCUGGAAUCUGAGUACUACAAAAUUUCUUAUUUAUAAAAUGCACAAAUUGCUCCAUUGAGUGUAUUGAGGAUUUCAUUUUCAAGUGGUAAAAUUGUCAUUUCUGUCUUCAUUUGUAUGAAUUAAGCCAAGGAGGAAAUAACACUAACAUUAACUUUAUAUUGUAUUUGCAGUGAUAGAUUUUCCAUCCUUUCACAUCAGAAACUGAAUUUGUUUUAGACGUGAGUAUAUCCAUUGCUGGUAAUGGAUGUACUCUGAGUUUCGGUACCAAACUCACAGACUCACAGAGUCAACAGAAGGAAUAGAAGUAAUGGGAUGUUUGCAACCAUACAUACUUAUGUUUAUACACACACACACACACACACACACACACACACACACACACACAUUCAUCCACUCUAGAUCUAUGCAUAUGGAACCGAGAAUAAUUGUUUUUUUUUAUGUGAUUUCCAGUACAAUUCUUUGUAUUUCUUUCCUUGAAAUUGUACAUAUUUUUGAUAGAUUGUUUUUAAAUCCUACUAAAAAAUGAAGUAACCCUAACCAGGUGAGGGAUGUGAGAGGGUGAGUUGUCAUUUAAGUAUAUGGCCUAGGUGGUGGGUCUUAAGGUUGUAUACCUUUCUCAUGGUGUUAACUGAAGAGAAAGGGGCACAGACUCCCUUGGUACCAAGGACUGCCAUUAUAAACAUAAUGUGUCUACACAAUGAAGUAAAAAAAAAAAGGCAAUAGGAUUUAGUGAUUUACUGUGCUGCAGACUGACUCGCUGAUUAAGAAUUUUAUAUUUUCCAUGAAUUGCUUUGGAGUCACAAGACACAGCCUCCAUGCCCCUUUUUCUUCCUUUUGGUUUGAAAUGUAUAGUCUCAAUAUUAUUUAUAUUUGGCUCACUUCUCUAUCAUGCGUUUUAUACAUGUUGAAUAGUUUCUAUGUAUUACCUUCCUUCCCCCACAACAGUGUGAAGGGUUUUACUAUUACUUCAUUCUAAGUGAACAAAAUGGACCUAUUAUAAAAAGAAUUUUUAAGGCAGGUUCAAAAUGUCUUUAUUUUUUAGAGUAUUCGUUCUUUCAAGAAUUUAUUAAGCACCUAGACUUAAUAGGUUCUUAUGUGCCAGGGCUCUUGCUAGGCACCAAGGAUACAAAGGGCAAAACCAAAGCAGACCUUGCCCUCAAGGAGCAUGCAUAUUAUUGGGAAUUGGUCAUUUCUGUUUAUUUUUAACCCAGCGUAAGGUUCUAGAAUAAAACUUGCAUUGUGAAUGCAAUGGAAACCAAGGGAAAAUUGCUUGAUGGAGGACAGAUUUCCAUAACUCACACAACCUUAGCAAGUGACUUUUUAACUAACAUUAACUGACUUGAUCUUCUACUGUCAAAACAUAAUCAAUUGAGUGAAAACUCAAUUAGGUACUAAACUCACGGUUAAUGGAUGAACCAGGAUUUGAAGGCUUAAAUACAGUGAAAGGGUGACCAUUGUUUAGUCCAUUGCCUUGCCGUCCUGAAGAACUGUAAUGCAGUGCUUCCUUAUGCUAGAGGAUAAUUUUUCAUCUUAACAACAAAAACAAUAAAAACUGUAGCAUGAUUCUUUUUUUUUCUAUUUUGAAUACAGACUUGCCAUAUUCUGCACUUUUCUAUGGCAAACCUGACUACUUUAUAAAUAGUAGGAAAUAAUAACUUGGCACAGGUUUGCAUACUUCAUAACUAGUUUGAUGUGAGAAAUAGUCGAGGUUAUUUUAGACUCAUUAAUAUUGUUGGUUGCUAGUCCUCAAUCAUGUGUAAAAGUACUGUCCAAAGUCAUGUCAAUUCAUUGCACAAUAAAAUCACUGUGAUUUGUAUAUAAACCCUAGUGAAAUGUUACUGCUGUUUAAUUUAUGUAAUGCCUGUUGAUUUCUGGAUUUGUUUAAUAAACCUUUGUAUCUUUUAAAAUGCCUAAA